AGGGGAGGUCUCAAACAAACCGAAUCUUUAUAAUACUCCAUUCCCGACUUCCAGAAGUUUCUUUUCCAUACUAUAAAGUCUGCAUGAAGGAUUUGUCGUCGGGGGAAGACAGUUCAGAGAGGUUGUGAAAGGUUUUGGAAGCUGUGAGAGGCUGUAAAAUACCAUGUUAGUCACAAGCGUGCUUCUCCUGUGCCUGCUGGCCACCAUAAACGCCAACAAAACCCUCAGCAGCCAUGCCACCGUCCUUGCAGACAACAGCGCCACGUUGGCCUUAAACCUGUACCACAACAUGGCAAAAGAAAAUAUGGAGAACAUCCUGAUUUCCCCCGUGGUGGUGGCCACAUCUCUGGGCCUGGUAGCUCUUGGAGGAAAAUCGGACACAGCUUCUCAGGUAAAGACCAUUCUUAAUGCUGCUAAUGUAAAAGAUGAGCAUCUGCACUCCGGACUAUCCGAGCUUCUCACUGAAGUCAGCAAUUCGACGGCGCGUAACGUCACCUGGAAAAUCGGCAAUCGUCUGUACGGGCCCAGCACGGUCAGUUUCGUCGAUGACUUUCUGAAGAGCAGCAAGAAGCAUUACAAAUGCGAACACUCCAAAAUAAACUUCCGCGACAAGCGCAGCGCGGUGAAGGCCAUCAACGAUUGGGCAUCGAAGUCCACGGACGGCAAGCUGCCCGAGGUGACCAAAGAUGUGGAGAAGACGGAUGGAGCCAUGAUCGUUAAUGCAAUGUUUUAUAAACCACACUGGGAUCAGCAGUUUCAUCAUAAAAUGGUGGAUAAUCGCGGUUUCAUGGUGCAUCGCUCUUACACUGUAUCUGUACCCAUGAUGCACCGCACAGGGAUUUAUGGAUUUUACGACGACGAAACCAACAGUCUUUCGGUUUUGGAGAUGCCGUUGGCCCACAAGAUGUCAUCUAUAGUGUUUAUCAUGCCAUAUCACGUAGACUCUUUGGAGGGGGUGGAGAAACUCCUCACACGAAAACAACUGGAGACGUGGACUGCAAAAAUGGAACAGAGGGCCGUCGCCGUGUCCCUUCCAAAGGUCAGCAUGGAGGUCAGCCACAACCUGCAGAAACAUCUGGCGGACCUGGGUCUGACUGAAGCUGUAGAUAAAGCCAAGGCUGAUUUGUCUAAGAUCUCAGGGAAGAAAGAUCUUUAUCUUUCCAACGUGUUUCACGCCUCCGCCAUGGAGUGGGACACUGAAGGAAAUCCACCUGAUAGCACCGUCUACGGUACCGACCAGCUCAAAAACCCAAAACUUUUUUACGCUGACCAUCCCUUCGUCUUCUUGGUGAAGGACAACAAGACAAACUCCAUUCUGUUCAUUGGCAGGCUGGUACGACCAAAGGGUGACAAAAUGAGAGAUGAAUUGUAAUUUAUAAGCAGGCUGUAAUUUAAAUGCGUGUGGAUGGGGUUACUGUGUGUGUAUUUGUGCACAAAUUUGUGGAUGUGUUAGCAUUUAAAAAGGAGAGGAGGGUGGAAGUUAGAUCUUUGGACCACAUGCAUGUCCGUUACGUUUACUUUCAAAUGUGACUUAAAGGGACAGUAAGUAGGGUUUUAAGUGUUUUAUUAAUUAAAAUCAAUGUCUUUAUUCAUAAAUAUGUCCUCGUUGGUGUCAAAUGACCUUUGCCAGUGAUCUGACUUUUCUUUGUAAGCUUAGAAUUUCUUCUCUUUACUUACAUUGAACGGGUAAGUCCAAGGAGGCUUCCAUGUCGUUCCGCCAUAUUGAUAAACUAUGAUAGCAGAGAGGGACAAAAAGCACUAGCCUACCAACGCGUUUUCAUUCAGAACACGUGAACUAGCUGAAACGGAAAAGGAGAUCAGUGAUUACAUAACGGCUACCGUAGUUGCAACACGCAUUUGGAAAAGCGAGGCGCUAGAGAGCACUAUUCGUUUGAAUGCAAAAUACAAUUUCACCACUAGAUGGGGGUAAAUCCUACUUAUUGUCCCUUUAAAGUGUAAUGUUUUAUGUCAGUCCAUGUCAUCAGGCUCACCUGAGGUUUGGGAUGUUUUCUGAGAAGGACAGCAUGCUUAUAUUAAGUAUGAUCUCCAAUAACUGUACUUUAAAGCUACACAAACAGCAUUCUGCUCAGGGGUUUCUCUUUCUCAAUGAGAUUUCAUAGCUUGUUGACCACCCAUGCCUAGUACACAUGGUUUCUACAAAUUGUGUCAUGAAACAUUCCUCUUAGAAGUGCACACUUGUGUUUGUACUGAAAACGUGUCUGCACUAGAGCCUUGCGUAUGAACGGGUCUGCAUAUGAGCUCACGUUUGCACUGCAUUCGGCUUCUCACUGAACACACUGUACAAAAACACGGUUGUCAAAAAUAUUGGUUUGUUUUUCAUUUUUUAAUAAAAUCAGCAUUUUUGAGAA